GUUUAUAACAACUUCCUGUCAGACUCACUGUGGUUGUGGGCAAGGCUUCAUUCUUCCUUUUUAACUUACUUACUUUCACUUAUACUGCUGACUGUCGCAGCAAGAAAUCCAGUAGGGUGUUAAACCUGCAGUUGAUCUUCAGUUGAAUUCAUCUCUGAUGUUUCCAGCAGAGUGACAUCAUGGCGGCUGUAGCAUCAGUGUCUGAGCUGAGGGUUGUUCUGCUGGGGAACAGCUGGUAUCAGAGGAGUUCAGUGGGGAACAUCUUACUGGAAGGGACUGCGUUCAUCUCUGAGGAAGAACCAGACUGCUGUCUGAGAGUCAGAGGACAGCUGAAGGAGAAAGAAAUAGUUCUCAUCAACACCCCAGAUCUGCUGCAUCCCAACAUCUCUGAAGAUAAACUGACAGAACAUGUGACAAACUGUGUGAGACUCUCUGAUCCUGGACCUCAUGUGUUCCUGCUGGUUCUACAGCCUGAAGACUUCACUGAGGAACACAAACUGAGGCUCUGCAGAGUCCUGGAACUCUUCAGUGAUCGAUCAUUUGAUCAUUCACUGGUUCUGAUAUCAACACCCAGAGAGGAGAGCUCAGGUUUAAAGAAAAAAUACAUGCAACACCCACCAUUAACAGACAUGAUCAAAAUGUGUAGAUGCAGAUCCUUGAAUAUGAAGGACCUUGAACGUUCUGAGCUGUUAAUUAGUUUGGAUCGAAAUCUGCAGAAUAACAAUGGAGAGCAUGUCAUUUGUGAUGUGUUUGAUGAGAAAGUAUCUGCUGAUCAUCAAAGCUUGAAGCAACAGAAAACAACCAUUUCUGACUUUGGGCCUGCUGGAGCUCCUGGGUGGAGAUCAUAUGUACCCAGCUGGUUAAAACGAAGCACAUCACACAGUUCAUCAUCAGCAGAAAGCACAAAGCAAGCAUCUGUCCUCAGAAUUGUGCUGUUGGGGAAGAGUGAGGACGACAAGACAAAUCUUGGUAACUUAAUACUAGGGCCUGAAAAAUUUGAAGUCCAAAAAAAGUCCCAGAUCAAACAUUGCAUGGCUGCCUGUGGAGAGUGGAGAGGAAAACCAUUAACAGUAGUGAAAGCUCCAGACAUCUUCAGUCUGUCUGACAAGACAGCGAGAGAAGAGAUGAGGAAGUGCAUCAGUCUUUGUCCUCCUGGACCAAAUGUUCUGCUGCUGUUAGUGAAGGUUUCUGAUUUCACUGAGGAGAACAGACAAACACUGAAGUUCAUCCUGAGUUUGUUUGGUCAAGAUGCUUUUAAACACUCAAUGGUCAUCAGCACACAUGAGGGGAAUGAAACACGCAGUUCUGUCAGUAAGCUCAUUAAAGACUGUGGAGGAAGACAGUACAGGAUGGUUAACAAUGACCUGACAUUGUUAAUCCAGAAGAUUGAGAACAUUGUUCAUGAAAACAAAGGAACCUUCCUCACCUUCACUGAAGAGACCAUCAAACCAAAGUCUGAACACAUCAAACCAGCUUUAAACCUGGUUCUGUGUGGGAGGAGAGGAGCAGCUAAGACUUCAGCAGCCAAGGCCAUUUUAGGUCAGACAGAGUUUCAUUCAGUCUCCAACUCAUCAGAGUGUGUUAAACAUCAGGGAGAGGUGUGUGGACGUUGGGUUUCCCUGGUGGAGCUGCCUGCCUUGUAUGGAAAACCUCAGGAGGCAGUGAUGGAGGAAUCACUCAGGUGUAUCUCCCUCUGUGAUCCUGAGGGCGUCCAUGUCUUCAUCCUGGUCCUACCUGUGGGUCCCCUCACUGAUGAAGACAAGGGAGAGUUAGAGACCAUCCAGAACACAUUCAGCUCUCGAGUCGAUGACUUCACCAUGAUUCUGUUGACUGUGGAGUCAGAUCCUGCAGCUCCAGCUGUUGUUAACUUUGUAAAGGAAAACAAGGACAUCCAGGAGCUCCGUCAGAGCUGUGGAGGAAGAGAUGUUGUUCUCAACAUCAAGGACAAGCAGCAGAUCCCAGAGCUGCUGGACAUGGUGGAAAAGAUGAGACAAUCUGAAAAUAAACCAUCCUGCUAUACAGCUGUAACAUUUGCACGUGCACAAAUGGAAAAGGUCAUACAACAAGAGAGGAUAAUAAAGAAGAACAAGAUCACUUGUGAUGAUGAGGAGCAGAGCCCAGAGAGUCUCAGGAUUGUGCUGAUAGGGAAGACUGGAAGUGGAAAGAGCUCUACAGGAAACACCAUUCUAGGAAGAAAAGAGUUUAAAGCUGAAUCAAGACAAACAUCAGUCACCAAACUUUGUCAGAAAGCACAGAGUGAAGUGGACGGUCGUCCGGUCGUUGUGGUCGACACUCCUGGUCUGUUUGACACAACUUUGUCCCAUGAAGAGGUUUAUGAGGAGAUGGUGAAAUGCAUCAGUCUUCUGGCUCCAGGACCACAUGUCUUCCUGUUGGUGUUACAGAUCGGCAGAUUUACACCAGAGGAGAAGGAGACAUUAAAACUCAUCAAGGAAGGCUUUGGGAAGAAUGCUGAAAAGUUCACCAUCAUUCUUUUAACUGGAGGAGAUAAACUAAAACAUGAUGAAGUCUCCAUUGAAGAAUAUAUUGAACUUAAAUGUGAUGAUUCCUUUAAGAAGCUGAUCUCUGACUGUGGAGGAAGAUACCAUGUGUUUGAUAACUAUGAUAAACUAAACCGCACACAAGUCAGUGAGCUGAUAACCAAGAUUGACAGCAUGGUGAAGGAAAAUGGAGGCAGCUGCUACACCAAUGAGAUGCUGCAAGAGGCCGAGGCAGCUAUAAAGAAAGAAAUGGAGAGAAUCCUGAAGGAGAAGGAAGAAGAGAUGAAGAGAGAGAGGGAGGAGCUUCAAAGAAAACAUGAGGAGGAAAUGGAAGCAAUGAAAAAAAGAAUGGAAGAACAGAGAGCAGAAAUUGAAAAGGAGAGAAAACUGAGAGAAAAACAACUUAAAGAAAAGGAGGAGAACAUAAAGAAGGAACGUGAGGAGAGAAAGAAAGAACAGGAAAUGAGAGAAGAAGAAGACAGGAAGAGAAAACAACAGGAAGAAAUUAAACGACAGGAGUGGAAACGAAAGGUUGAAGCUUUGGAGCAAAAAAUAAGAUCAGAGUCAGAAUCAAAGGAAACCAUUGACAGAAAGCUGAAGGAGAGCAGAGAAGAGAUGAGAAAAGAACGAGAGAACUGGGAGAAAACACAAAAUGAAUGGUGGAAAAAACGAUAUGAAGAAGAUGAACAGAGACGACAGGAGGAACAAAGAAGACUUAGAAAGCUUCAAGAAGAAUACGAACAGGAAAGAGAAAAUUAUGAAAAGAAAAGAAAGGAAGAGGACAGAAUCAGAAGAGAACAAGAGGAAAAAGAGAAAAAAGAUAUUGUGGAGAAACAUAAGAAAGAAAAGGAGGAUCAGAUGAAGACGUAUGAAGAGGAGGCCAGAAAGAAAGCUGAAGAGUUUAAUGAAUUCAAAGAAAAAUACAACAAGAAGUUUGCAGCUCAGGAGGAACAGCAUGAGGAAAAAAUGAAAGACAAAGAUAAACAAUAUGACUUCUUAAAGGCACUUUCAGCUCACAACGAAGAACAAACAAAGAAAAAAUAUCGAGAUGAAAUUUGCGGCUUAGUAAAAUGCGUGAUCAGAAAGAGAAAAAAUAUGGAAGAAAUUAUCAACUUACUGACAGAACAUGAAGAAGAAAUGAAGAAUUUGGAAACUGAAGAGGACAAGAAAAAAUUGCAGGAAACACAUGAGGAAAAGCUAAAUGACUUGAUACAGAAACUAAUGAAACACGGAAAGGUUUCACGUUUAGAAAACGCUUUGUACCACAUCACACAUUUGUUUCAAUAACUGAAACUUUAAAGAAACAGAGAUUUCAUUGUAAUAUAUUGCAAUAGACUAAACUGUGAUGCAGAUCAUGGCCACAGAAAUACUUCUCAUUGGCUGUCAGGUGUCUAAAUCACCAGCCUGUAAUGUCAAACUGUAGGUAACCGUAGCAACAGUACUGAUGUAGUUAACGACCAUGUGCAUGUAAAGAGUUAAUAAAAUGUGUUUACAGUUAGACAAUAAGAGAUGUUAAAAAGUCAUUGAAAUAGUGCAGUUCAGUUUAUUGCUAAUAUAAACAAUGUGUUAAAGAGGUGGUAUUCUGCUUUUUGGCUUUUCCCCUCUCCUUUAUUGAGUUAUAUAUCUUGUUUGUGCAUGUAACAGGUUUACAAAGUGAAAAAGCCCAAAGGGAGUUCCCAUCUCCC